AUGCCUCCGCGCAAGAGCAACGCAAACGACCGUGGCGAGGAGCACGAGGAUGUGCCGCCGCAAGAGCAGCCCGAGCAGCAGGAAGAGCAGGAAGAGCAGGAUGCGCCCCAGGAUGAGCCCCAGGAUGAAGGAGAUGAUGGACAGCCGCAAGACGACGACCAGGGUGAUUACGACGAGAACGAGGGUGAAGGCGACGACCAAGAGCCCGAGCUGGAAGGUGGUGAGGAGCAGGACGGGGAAGAGCCUCAGCAAGAGGAGGAACCCGAGCCUGAGCCCGAGCCCGAGCCCGAGCCUCAGCCGGAACGCCAGCGCCGCCGCAAGCCCCGCCGGCCCCAGCCCACCACGCAGCAGGCACCCACGCCGUCGUCCUCGCAGCCUGCGACGCCCACGGACGAGCAGCCCCUGCAGCAGCAGCAGCAGCAAGACGACCAACAGGACCGGCAGCUGCAGCCCCGGCGGCGUCGCCGGCCGCAGCAGGCCCAGCGGACCAACCAAGACGACCAAGACAACCAGCUGGCACAACGGCAGCAGCAGCAGCAGCAGCAGCAGCAGCAGCAGCAGCAGCUCAUGAUGCAGCAGAUGCAGCAGCAGCAAAUGCAGCAGCAGCCGCAGGGUGGUGGCAGCAGCAAGAACCCUCUGCGGCUGCGGCUGGAUCUCAACCUGGAGAUUGAGAUUGAGCUCAAGGCGCGCAUCCACGGUGACCUGACACUGGCCCUACUGUACGUCCCCCCUGUGCUUUGUCCUUUUGUACUUUUGAUUUGCUCCUCCUCUCGUUCCGACCUAAUCUGA